AGAGUGAGAGAGAAAGAGAGUGUUUUCCGGGUCGGAAAGUGGAGGAACUACGAGGAAAUAAAGUCGAGAAGGUGUGAGAGACCAGGCUCUGGAGAGAGAGAGAGAGAGAGAGAGAGAUGUAAAUCAUUUCAGGUCUGGUUGGAAACACACGAUGGAAAGUUUGUGAACAUUCCGUGCAGGACGAGAUGAACGCGAUGGAAGGCGCGAGCGCUGAGACGGAGGACUGACUCGGUUUUUAGUCCAUGGUGGUGUGUGCGGUGUUGAAACCCGGCCCGGGACGUGGCUCCGACGCCUGCGCGUGAGAUCGACAUCAAAGCGGGAAGGAAGGAAGUUGAACAGAAUUGUUACUAAGUUGCGGUUUUUGUAUCGUCGCGGGUGACGCGGUUGUGCGUCGCGGGUGUCGCGCGCUGUCGGUACCAGCUCGGGAUGUUUAAUUGUAUCCCCCUGUGGCGGUGUAACCGUCAUGUCGAGAACAUCGACCGGCGCCACUGCUCGCUUCUUUACGUCCCGGACGAGAUCUACCGCUACCACCGCAGUCUGGAGGAACUUUUACUGGACGCGAACCAACUCCGAGACCUACCCAAGCAAUUCUUCCAGCUGGUGAAGUUAAGAAAGCUGGGCCUGAGCGACAACGAGAUCCAGAGGCUUCCUCCUGACAUCGCUAACUUCAUGCAGCUUGUAGAGCUCGAUGUCUCGAGAAACGAUAUUAUUGAGAUUCCAGAAAACAUUUCUUACUGCAAAGCUCUUCAGGUAGCAGACUUCAGCGGGAACCCUUUAACGAGAUUGCCAGAGAGUUUUGCAGAACUGCGGAAUCUAACAUGUCUGUCCAUCAAUGACAUUUCUUUACAAGCGCUUCCUGAUAACAUUGGAAACCUUACGAACUUGGCAUCACUGGAACUCAGAGAGAACAUGCUAACGUAUUUACCUGAGUCUCUUUCCCAACUACACAAACUAGAAGAACUUGAUGUAGGGAACAACGAGCUGUAUAAUCUGCCUGAGACAAUAGGAUGCCUUGUGAGCUUGAAGGACUUGUGGCUGGACGGCAACCAGCUGAUGGAAUUACCAAAGGAGCUAGGUUGUAUGAAGAACCUGCUAUGUCUUGAUGUAUCUGAGAACAAGUUGGAGCGCCUACCAGAGGAGAUGGCAUGCCUGCUCUCACUCACCGACCUGCUGGUGUCACAGAACCUCAUCGACUCCCUUCCAGAGGGCAUAGGAAAAUUAAAACGCCUUUCCAUCCUGAAAGCGGAUCAGAACCGCCUGGUCCAGCUGCCCGAGAGCAUUGGCGAGUGCGAAAAUCUUUCAGAACUGGUGCUGACUGAGAACCAGCUGGUGAGUUUGCCAAGAAGCAUUGGAAAGCUUAAGAAACUCUCAAACUUCAACUGUGACCGGAAUCGUCUGGUAUCUUUACCCAAAGAGAUCGGCGGCUGCAGCAGUCUGAAUGUGCUGUGCGUGAGAGACAACCGUCUGACGCGAAUCCCCGCCGAGCUCUCGCAGGCUACCGAGCUGCACGUUUUUGAUGUGUCUGGAAACAGGCUGACGUAUCUCCCCAUGUCUCUAACCACACUGAGGCUCAAGGCACUCUGGCUGUCGGAGAAUCAGUCUCAGCCGCUGCUCACGUUCCAGACAGACGUGGAUCCUGACACGGGGGAGAAAGUGCUCAUCUGCGUUCUUCUGCCUCAGCAGCCGUGCGAUAGUGAAAAAGGCUCCGAUAACCUCGCACGUUGCGGCGCCUUGGAGAGCCUCGUGAACGACGUGGCCGACGACACGUGGGACAACAGAGCCAUGAACAGAAUGAGCACCAUCCGUUUCCUAGACGAUGAUGACGACGACGAUGAUAAAGAGGGAACGUUGCUGCGUCGGGCCACGCCGCACCCCGGAGAACUGAGGACCAUGAAGAAGACGGCGGAGAACCUGCGCAACGAUCUGAACGCCGCCAAAGGCCUGGACUCCAACAAAAACGAGGUCAAUAACACUGUGGACCGAUUGACUACAUCCGUGUGACCACUUUUUAUUAUUUUUUGCUCUUACCUCCGAGAUGGCCCAGACCCCAUCAUGUCCUCCAGACCCCAUCAUGUCCUCCAGCCCUCCUCCUGUGCUGUUCCUUCCUCACAUGUGACUGUCAUUUCGUCUCUGUGUCUGUGUCCUGUUCUCUCUCUUUCUUUCUUUCUCUCUCUCUCUCUCUCUCUCUCUCUCUCUCUCUCUCUCUCUGUGUGCAUCAUCUCCUCAAAUUCUAAAUCAGGGAAAGACCACCAUAAUAGGUGCCUUUUUUUUUAAAUGUUUUUUUUUUUUUGGUUUGUUUUUAUUACAUUCUUUUAUUUUAUUUGUAUUUUUUUUUACAAAGGCAAGCACAAUAAUCCAUGCAGGAAUGCACGCUUUUUAAAAUGAAAAAAAAAAAGUUUUAUAAUCCAGUCCUUUUUAAAGCUUAAAACACUCAAAUAAGUUGCUGCACUACAUUAAGUCUUGUACUACAUUCAAUACGGACAAGAAGCUCCAAUUAUAUUGAUUUUAUACAUAUACUAUAUAUACUAUUUUUUUAUUUAGAUUUAUUUACAAACACUGGGUGGAUGUUUCCUUUUUUUUUUUUUUUUCUUUUUUUUUUUCUCCUCCAAGUGUUUCGGGACACGUCGAGCCCCAGCGUGUUUUUUUGUUUUUUUGUUUUUUUCAUCUUACUGGUUUUUUAAAAUAGAAAUCGUGUGUAAAUCUUUGUGAAUAUCAGAUUGUUUUGUACUCGUGGCAGCUCAGAUGGUGUGAAGCCUGGAGGGGAUGAAAAAACAAACAAACAAACAAACAAACAAACAAAGCCAAAAGAUUUAAAGCAGAUUUCCUACGCAAUGAGAAUUUUUUAAUUACUCCUGCAAAAAAAAAAAAAAAAAAAAAAAAAGAAGAAUUUUGUGCUGUGGCACGUGUAAAGCUGUUUUUACUCUUCGGGUGUCUUCGGCUAUGAAUAUGCGCGAACAACAUUUUUACGUCUUGUAACUGGAACGAAAGUCUCGUCAGCAUCGCUUUUGGAUUUAAUGUAAGUUUCGGUACAGUAAACUCUUCUUUAUCUGUGGGUUUAUAAUCGGUUUUGGUCGGCGGGUUUCCUUUUGAGUGCAUUAAAAUAAAAUAAAAAAAAACACGAUGCACUUUUGCUAAACACAAAAUUCUUUCGCUUUUUCUUCUCCAUUUUAUGGUACACUACAGACACAUUCUUUUAUUCCUUUAUUACAAAGAGACCAACGUGUUGAAAUGCUGAUUUGUUCCUUUUUUUUGUUUUUAAUUAUUAUAUUUUAUGUCGGUGAAAAGCUGCACAGAAAACAAAUGAUCUUCGAAUAGACUCUAGACUUUUUAUUAUUAUUAUUAUGACCUCUAACCACUGAUACAAUAAAGUGAUUUGAUCAAAUCAGAA